AAGGUAGAUCUUAGGUGGCAAUCUGGUGGCAUUGCAGAUAUCAUCUAUUCGAAAGGGAAUUUCAGGUGGAUAGGUUCUUCACAUAAAAGCAAGAUAUCUUCCUACUGUCCCCUUCAGAUUUGUUUGAUCCCAUAUCACACCCUCACAAACACGAUGCAUUGCUCCUUUAUCCUCGCCGUUGUUGCUGCUUUGACAGUAUCAAUAUCUGCAGCAUCAAUACCCGCCAGUGACCCUAACAGUGAAGGAUGUCCUUUCUUUUGCAUCAAGAAUAGCAACUGCUAUGGCUGCCCUACCGACUUAUACGAUCGUAAAUGCGUGAGUAUGAGUAGUUUGCGUCCUGGAUUCAACCACAUGACUCACCGACGUGGCAGGUCGACUUUUUAUGCGACUAGUGGCAGUAAGUUGUGUUUCUGCUUUCACAUCGGUGCAGUGUGUAUGAUUGAUGGCACGACGCGUGCGCGUGAAGCCUCGAUCAGAUGCUCGACCAUUGGGGGUGGGACAAGGACUUUGGUGGCGGCGGAGGCGAAGUUUGUUGGGAUCAGGCAGUGGGAUGAUAUCUACUUUCUUUGGAGAGGUGACUGGAGGUUAAGAAGUCAGAGCUCUCGCAAGGUUGCAGAUCGUACAGAGCCCGUUCUUUAUGGUCUUGCUUAGCGAAAUGUAACUUUAUUUGGGAUGUUCACCUCUGGGAUCGCUCCAGCCUUGCCAUGGAGUGCUUUCAAGCGGCGUAUGACUGGCUCACCAACUAGUGAAAAUGACCAGUGUCCUGUCCUCCCGCAUCGACUUCCUUCGUAUCCCUAUUACAAGUUGCGAAAGU